ACAUCCUCCACAUCUCCACUCCCUCAUCACCUCCCUCUACUUCCAUCUUUGUGCCAAUAUUUCUCAAAAGUCUUCUUCCUAACACAUAAAAUGUGCAGCUCUAAGGCCACAGUGACCAUUGGCAUUGAUGUCAUCCCAACCCCCACAGUUGCUCGAAUUAAUGGCAGGCCCGUCCUUCAACCGACUUCCAACCGAGUUCCAAGCCUUGAACGCCGUAAUUCUCUGAAGAAAGUGUGCCCAACAUCUUCCCCUCCGCCUCCGCCACUGCCGGUGCCACCGCCGAUUUCUCCGAAGUCGUUGAAAUCUCCAAGACCGCCGGCGAUAAAGCGAGGGAAUGACAAUGGUGGGUUGAAUUUGAGUGCGGAGAAGAUUGUUAUUCCGAAGAGUAGCACAAAGACUCCGGCUUUGGAUAGGAAGAAGUCAAAAAGCUUCAAGGGUAGUUAUGGCGAUCAUGGAGGUGGGAUUUGUGGGGUUUCCCCUCUUGUGGAGGCGUCCUUGAGUUACUCUUCGUCUUUGAUCACUGAGGCGCCAGGCAGCAUUGCUGCGGUGAGGAGGGAGCAUAUGGCGCUGCAACAAGCGCAGAGAAAGAUGAGAAUUGUUCAUUAUGGAAGGUCAAAGUCCGCCAAGUUUGAGAAUGUUGUUCCCUUUGAUUCUUCAAGUAAAAUCACAACAAAGACCGCUGAAGAAGAGAAGAGAUGCAGCUUUAUCACACCCAAUUCAGAUCCCAUCUAUGUUGCUUACCAUGAUGAAGAAUGGGGAGUUCCUGUCCAUGAUGACAAGAUGUUGUUUGAAUUGUUGGUCUUGAGUGGUGCUCAGGUUGGCUCAGAUUGGACCUCCAUCUUGAAGAAACGGGAAGAUUUCAGGAAAGCAUUUUCAGGAUUUGAUGCAGAAACUGUUGCCACCUUAACUGAUAAACAAAUGAUGUCAAUUGGUUCAGAACAUGGCAUUGACAUAAGCCGAGUUAGGGGAGUUGUGGACAACUCUAACCGAAUUUUGGAGAUUAAGAGGGAGUUCGGAUCAUUUGACAAAUACAUAUGGGGCUUUGUGAAUCACAAGCCAAUCUCAACACAAUACAAGAUGGGACACAAAGUCCCUGUGAAGACAUCAAAAUCAGAGACAAUUAGCAAAGACAUGGUCAGGAGGGGUUUAAGGUUCGUCGGACCGACGGUGGUUCAUUCGUUUAUGCAGGCCGCCGGCCUCACCAACGACCACUUGAUUGUCUGCCACAGGCACCUACAAUGCUCCCUAAUGGCAGCCCGGCGUCAAACCGCCACGCCAGCGGCUCUAUAGACUCAAGUUGACAUGAAAGAAUAACGAAAAACAUAACCCCAAAAAAAGUGCUCAAAUUUUGAGCAUAGUUUGCUGACUUUAUUUUACCUUUAAUAGUUGUGUAGAAUAAUGUUAUAGGAGAUGUGACUUGUGAGAUGGAAGCUGUGAAAUUUUUUAAUGACAAUGAGUGUGUGUGUUUGAAGUA